GCCUGGUGGCAAUGAGCGCAGAUGUCCGUCUCCCUCCUUCCCAACUCGUCUCUACCAAACGUACUGGAAAUCAAGAGACGCCUCCUCCAUGGCUUCAAUUCCUUCAAACAAUUCAAGCAUAUACACGCCAGACUUCUUCGCCUUAGCCUCGACCAAGACAACUACCUUCUCAACUUGUUCUUGAAGGUCUGCUUCUCUUCCGGUCACACAGACUAUGGCCGCCUUCUAUUUAAUCAAACACAACACCCCAACAUUUUUCUCUACAACACUAUGAUUCAAGGCCUAGUAUCUAACGAUUUCUUCCAAGAAUCUAUCGAAUUGUAUUCCUUAAUGCGCAGGGAAAACUUCUUGCCAAACAGUUUUACCUUUCCAUUUGUUCUGAAAGCUUGCUCCAGGUUAUUGAAUUUCCAUCUUGGUUUGAAGAUUCAUACACUCGUUGUUAAAUCGGGUUACGAUGGGGAUGAGUUUGUGAAGACGGGUCUCGUAUCAUUGUAUUCCAAAUGUGGGUAUCUUAACAAUGCAGGUAAGGUGUUCGAUGAAAUACCUCUGAAGAAUAUUGUUUCCUUGACUGCGAUAAUUAGUGGUUACAUUAACUCCGGCCGGUUUAGAGAAGCUAUGGAGAUGUUCCAGAGAUCGUUAGAGAAUGGUUUGAGAGCUGAUAGCAUUACAUUGGUUACACUCUUGUCUGCUUGUAGCCGUUUAGGGGGUUCAAGUGAUGGAGAAUGGCUACACAAACAUGCGAUAGACUUAGGUUUGGAAACGAAUGUCUUUGUUGGGACUGCUUUAGUAGAUUUGUAUGCAAAGUAUGGAAAAAUGGUUCAAGCAUGUCAAGUGUUCGAUUCAAUGCCUGAUAAAGACACUAUCACUUGGAGUGCCAUGAUUCAGGGCUAUGCAAUGAACGGACAUCCAAAAGAAGCUGUAGAUCUUUUCUAUCGUAUGCAAGAACUAAACAUCCGUUCUGAUUGUUAUAGUAUCGUUGGAGUUCUUUCAGCUUGUGCAGGAAUGGGUGCUUUAUCGGUUGGUGAAUGGGCUGCAAGCUUAAUCGAUAUAAACGAGUUCUUAUUGAAUCCUAUCAUGGGUACAGCUCUCAUUGACAUGUACGCGAAAUGUGGGAAGAUGUCUUCGGCUUGGGAAGUUUUCAAAACGAUGAAGGAAAAGGAUUUGGUUGUGUGGAAUGCUGUAAUAAGUGGGCUAGCGAUGAAUGGUUACGUCAAAACCAUGUUUAGUCUAUUAGGUCAAAUGGAGAAACACGGCCUUGAACCGAACAACAAUACCAUUACGGGUCUACUAUGUGGGUGCACACACGCCGGUCUUGUUAACGAAGGUCGUAGGGUUUUUUAUAGCAUUAUUCCUACGGUUGAGCACUAUGGAUGUAUAGUUGAUCUUUUAGGUCGAGCUGGUUUAUUGAAAGAAGCUUACGAGCUUAUCUUAAAUAUGCCUAUGGAGGCUAAUGCAGUUGUAUGGGGUGCGUUGUUAAGCGGGUGUAGGAUGCAUCGAGAUAGUCAAAUGGCGGAGCAUGUAUUGGAGCGGUUGGUCGAGUUGGAACCUUGGAACUCGAGUAAUUAUGUGCUGUUAUCAAAUAUUCAUUCGACGAAUCAGAAAUGGGACGACGUGGCAAAAAUUAGGUCUACUAUGGCUCAAAGGCGGAUUCAGAAGGCCCCUGGAUUUAGUUGGAUUGAAAUGGAUGGUGUUGUUCAUAAGUUUAUUGCUGGGGAUAAAUCUCACCGUGAAUCGGAUAGGAUAUACGCGGAACUUGUUGAGUUGAGGAGAGAAUUGAGUGCGGUUGGUUAUGCACCAACUACGGAGUUUGUUCAUUUUGACGUUGAAGAAGAGGAGAAGGAAUGUUCACUUGGUUUUCAUAGCGAAAAGCUAGCGGUUGCAUUUGGUUUAUUUUGUUCUUCUUCCGCGAGUGAUGUCAUUCGUGUUGUGAAGAAUCUUCGUAUAUGUGGAGAUUGUCAUUUGUUUAUGAAACAUUUGUCACGAGUCAGGAGUAGAGAAAUAAUCAUAAGGGACAAUAGUCGAUUUCAUCAUUUUGUCGAUGGGUCAUGUUCAUGCAAUGAUUAUUGGUGAUACUUGAUUUACUUGCAUCAUAUUUAUGAAGGCCAAAACCCAUGACCAAAAUGAAGUCCAAAAUGAAGUGAAUGGCUUAAUUUAGUUAUAUUUCAU